UACUACUGCAAGUGAAAGGACAAAUUCAUGAGUGGUUCAGUACAGAUACAAUAAGUCUAUAUAACAUACAAAAGAGAGAAAAUUUUUACAAAGAGAUAAUAAAUCAUAACAAAUUUGGCAUCGUUAUUCUCUCAUCUCUACAAACAAGACUAACCAGAAAUGGCAUGCAAUAUUAGUAAUGGUUUUACAGAUUGGGAUCUGCAUAAUUUUGGAGUUUUAAACUCAGACAGUAAUAACAGCAUCAUGUCUUCUUCAUCUUCUUCUUCAAUGGUAAUGGAGGAUUCUUCUAGUUUUCUAUCCACUGGAUAUCUUGAAGAUGCUGUCAUGGAAUGGAGUAAUUACUGUAAAAAACAAAGACUACUGUUUUACAACUCCAGUGAUUAUGAUGCACAUCAAAUAUUUCACUGUUCUAAGCAACAGAGUGUCAACAUGGACUAUGGAGAUAAUGGGGCAAUGUGUUUUCAGAAUUUGAUGUGCUCAAGCUCAACUCCUGAAAAUAAUUUGAUGGCUGAAAACAAAAUUAAAGUUCAAGAUGAUAAACCAUUGAGUUCAAACUCCUCCCUGGGAAAUGACAUCCUCAACGAAAGUACCAAAGGUCAAAUAAAGUCAAUGAAGAGUGAACAACUUGAUCGUCGGGAAAUGAUUUCUCCGCUAUCCACUUCGUACAUGGAUUCAGUGACUAAAGAUCUAGAAGACAAGCACUCAUCUUCCUCCCGUCCAAAGAGGACUGCUGGUAAUAGGGGAAAGAAAGUGGCUUAUCCAUUUAACGUGGUUAAACCAGGAGGAAUAGAAGGGGAUGUAACAUUAAGCGACAUAAAUAACAGGCUACUUAUGCGACCGACAAGGCCUAUUAAGCACCCAGUUGGUGACAUGGCGUGCCUCCCAGUGUGUGUCUCGACCGGUGGGCCUGGUCUUUCUGGUAAGGCUGUGGUAGCUUUCACCAGAAUUCACACACAAGGGAGAGGAACUGUGACCAUUAUAAGAACAAAAGGCUGAAGACGCACAAGAGAAAUAGGUUAUUUAAAAGAUUGUUUUUUUUUUCCACAUGUACAUGUUCAAUGUCAUAUAAAUAUAGUAUGUAAUAAUAUUUAAUUAUGUAAGAUUAUUUUGUUCAAUAUUUGUAUGUCAAAUUAUCAAGUCUGUCUACUGUUCAAUUUUCCUUCA